AUGAGUCCGACCGAUGGUGCCUCUAGGGAACAGCCGGGCAAUGGGGGCAACGGUGCCUUGCCUCCAGGCAGGGAUCAGGGAUGGAUCUCCUCUCUGGUGGAUCGGCUGGUUCCCAAGUUUCAAGCGCAAGGACACGCUCCAGGUAUUGAUUCUGCAAUGCAGACCAAUACUCAAGGCAAGCUGGUGGAUCCGCUGGGCUUGAGCAAGUAA